AUGCCGAAAUUAUCCACCCCCGUCCUGACUGUGGACGCGGCCAAAAUCCACAAGGUCGACACGGCCAACACCCAAAGUCUUCACGGCAUGUGGCUUGUCUUUUCUAAAUGCGCAGAUUACAUGGAAGAAGGACGCCGGUUGGAGAAUCUCACCUGGCGUCUAUGGACGCGCGAGACCUUCUGCGUUGCUCCCGCCAGCUCGAGUGACACCUCCGCUAUUCCUCUGCUGCGCGCCGAAUCGGCUGAGAUGCCUCCUUUGUCUGCCAGCGUCGAGUCCGUUGCCACUGUGGACGAAGACCGCAUCGAAUCCCACAUUAAGCCGGGCCCGGAGGAGCUGAAGCCCGCGGUUGUUGGCGAGGAUGCUUUAAUGGGCAAGGAGAAGCAUAUCACUUCGUUGGACCUGGAGCGAAUGGUGCUGAACAUCAAGGAGCGAAAAGCUCUAGAGCCUCUUCCGCCUCCGGCUGCUGUCAUGCCACUGGUUGAUGUCACUCCUCGCGCUUCCUCCCCACCAGCCACGACUCCUCAGCAGACUGAAAGGACCCAAACUACUACACAGUCCUACCCUACGCGCCCUGCAGUCCUUCAAUCCGCCGAGUCCUGUUCGACAGUAACCGCCCCCGAAGGCAAUGACAGUGACGGUGCGGCUGCUGUGGCCUCUGAUACGAGUGUCUCCUCGUCUGGCGUUCUACCUGCCAAGCCUAUUUUGACCAAAACACCAAGUAUCGUUCGCGGAUUUUCUCCGUCGCAGAUCUCGUCGUCUUACCGCUCCAGUUCUCGUCUCGCUGCUGCCGAGCAGACUGCUGCCGCCAACAAGAUGACAUUCCAGCAGAAGCUUGCCCCCAGCAAACGCAAGGGUGGCAUGUUCACUCUCGGUGGAUCUUCUGGGGAUGACGAAAGCUCGUUCGAGGAGCGCAUGAUGCCUAAUCCUCACCGCAGCUCGUUAUCUGAAGAACUGAGCCGCCGACCUGCGUCAGAAACCACGCCCAACGGACUCAGUUCUGCGAAGAAGGUUACCUCCGUCCCGAACGAGGUCGACCCUCAUACGAUCAAGCCUAUCAAGGAGCGGAUCUAUGAGGAUGAGGACGCGAUCGAGACAGAUGAUACCGAGGAGGAGCCGUCAGAAAGCGCGAUCGAAGAUGAAGACGAGGAAGACUGGGAGGACUCGGUGACGGAAAGCGGACAUUCAAGUGUGGAUGACAAGGAGCUGUUCCAACGUGUUGAUUCACGACCGAAUCUAGUAUCGAGACCGUCCCUUUUGACUAUGAUGAUGCACCAGCCAACUAAAAUGGGGAUGCCGACGAGGUCGACGCCUACUUUGCAGCGAUCAUCGCGUGUAACGCCACCAAAUGGACCAGAGACGGGAGGCUCUCCGGAUGACGGCGAGAACCUGACAAUGAAGGGUCGCGAUGUGCCACGUUCGAAACCGAUUAUUGUGAAGCCGACCGCACAAGGAUCCGGAGCACAUUCGCCGCGCACAACUCGACGCAACAUGCUCGCGACGGAACUGACGGAAUCACUACGACGACAUUUGUUGUGGGAGCGACAACAAAAAAACACGACCGCAACUGCAGUGUUCAAGCGACGUCAUACUACGCACGACAUGGCGAAUCUCAAAGAAUAUCCUGGUCCUAAGGCCGCAGGCGGAGGACAGCGUGGGACUGGCGACGGCAGCGCAAAGGAUACAUCGAAGAACAGCUCAUGGAACAACUAUAACGAAUACGGCCCGUGGGAAUACCACGUUAAGGGGUGGUGA